AUGUUCCUGGCAGUGUUAGUAUCCACUACAGUUUACUCAAAUAUUCUUUUUACAAUUACAGCUUUCACGCUUCCAAUUCAUCUAUUUGGCGGUUACUGUAUUCUGUUCAAGACCCCAAAUGCAAUGAAAUCCGUCAAAUGGACCCUGUUCAAUUUGCAGUUUUGGUCAAUGUGUCUAGAUUUAUUGAUUAGUUUUUUUGGUCAACCGUUUCUAUAUACACCGGGCUACGCUGGCGUUUCGCUUGGAGUUUUGGACAAAAUCGGGGUUCCCACAUGGAUUACGAUUUACUUGGGAAUGACGCUUUUUGUAUUUGUUGGAAUCGCCACAGUAUCAAUAUUCGAAAACCGGUACUACCUAAUUUUUGCAAAACAUACGUGGUGGCGUUUCGGCAGAUAUCCAUUUUUCCUGCUCAACUAUAUAUAUGCCCUGACCUACUACAUCCCAACUAUCCGGGCAAUUCCGAAUCAGGAAAUCGGACGGAAAGAGAUAUUCAAAUUAUAUCCCCAUUUCUUGGAGCUUGACUCGCCGGAGCAUCCGGCUUUUGUGGUAACUCUCGGUGAUCCAUUAAUUGUAUAUCGGCAGCUCAUGGUAACGGCGCUCGUUGUUAUCGAAAUGCUGGUUUUUGCUGGAAUUCUCAACGCAAGUAUGAGUGUCGAAAUGCGGAAGACCAGUGGGUCCGACAGAACUAUGAAGUUGCAGAAGGAUUUUUUACGGGCGUUGAAGUUACAGGUUCUCAUUCCAAUAGUAAUAAUCAUCAUCCCAUCAAUUAUAAUCAGUAUAUUGGAUCUGAACAACAUUCACAUUCAAGGUGCCAGCUGUCUAAUGUGCAUUAUUUUCUCAGCUCACGGAGCAACUUCCUCACUAUUGAUGCUUUAUCUUCAGAAGCCUUACAAGAAGUUUUGCUUGAAAAUUUUGCAUUUAUCGUAUAAUACAGAAAAUUAUUAAGUUGAAGUUUGGAAUAAUAAACAUUUU